AUGUUAGCAGGAGUCAGGGUCAUUCUGCUUCUCGCAGUUGUUCUCCAACUCCUCCUCUCCACCCACGCUCAUGGUCAGUUGACGUGGAAGGGUGGUUUGAAGUAUCUGGUUAACCCUCCCUUCAAACGUCAUCAACAGAUGCAGCAAGAAGAUGGUUAUGACAAUGAUGGGAGCGUAAAUAGCAGUCCUCGAGAAGAUCUGAGCCUAGAGAAGCUAGUCCAAAAGCCAACAGGCCGAUGGUGGUUGGAUUCUCUGGCCCGUCUGCUCUAUAACCAUCCUCUGCACCUCUCAAAGUACGUGCGAGAAAUCUCCAUUCCUUCAAGAGAAUCUUUGAACUACGAAACGCCGCCAAGUCUUCUAAACUUUCCACGACUUCGAUCACGAGCGUCAAAUUCACCAAUUAUGGAGGCAAGAAGUUGGCCAAUGUACGAUCAGGUAUGGGCAGUUCACAAACUUCGUCAACUCCUCGCCAGCUACCGCCAGUGGUUCUCACCUCGACAAUGGAAGCAAUUCCUGCACAAGUCGCCCCCACAACGGUCAUUUUCACAAUCCCACGAAGAGUCGGUUCACUUGGAAUUGCUAGAAGCAGCUGUACAAGGUGUACGUGCAGCGGUAGCUGAAUGCCAGCACCAGUUUAAGAAUGAGCGUUGGAAUUGUAGUGAAGUCCUCUCUGACAGGAAUGCUCUCUUCGGCAAUGUUCUUUCGAAGGGUGUGCCAGAAACUGCCUUCGUCUACGCCCUUGUUAGUGCCAGCGUGGUUCGUUCCGUGUCUGAAGCUUGCUUGACAAACCUUCGCAAUUGUCCUUGUAACAAUCGUGGACGAGAGUCCUUUGAAGAUGGCUCUGAUAUUGUAAACUGGCAAUGGCAGGGGUGCGAUCACAAUAUUCAUUUCGGGAGACGCUUUGGAAGGCAUCUACUGGACCCCCUUGAAGCUGGUGGUUUCCACAUUCGAUUUCUCAUGAAUCUACACAAUUAUCGAGUUGGAAGAAGAGUGGUUGCUGAGAACAUGCAACGGUACUGUCGAUGUCAUGGAACCAGUGGAUCUUGUACCCUAAAAACUUGCUAUCGGCGAACUCCCUCAAUGCGUGUUAUUGGGAACCAUUUAAAAGCCAAAUACGAGCAUGCUUCCCAAGUCAUGCGAGAUAACACCAUCCCAGUUAGUUGGGGUCACCAUGGUAGGGGCAGCUCCAUCGUUCAUCUAAAUCGGUGGAAUAACCAGAGAACUCUUCGAGAAGUUGAUCACGACUCCCUUCUUUAUCGUGGUGGAUCUACGUCGCGUCCUCCCUCCCUCCUCAAGGUCAGUUUUGACCGAUCAGGCAGAGAUCAGAAGCCGACAACGCAGGAGUUGGUAUUUUACGAGCAACCCGCUAGCAAUCUAUUUUGUGAACCCAAUCAAAACCUGCACAUUCUUGGAACACAAGGUAGGAACUGCAACUCUACAUCAACCGGAUCAGACAGCUGCCGUUCACUGUGUUGUGGACGGGGACAUCGAACAAAGUAUUACUAUACACUAGAGAAUUGUGAAUGUAAAUUUGUGUGGUGUUGCAGAGUAGAAUGCCAAAAAUGUCUGGUACCGAAGAGGCAGGAGACCUGCAUGUAA